UCCAAAGCACCUUAUAGAAUGGCGCCAAAAGAGUUGGAGGAGCUUAAGGUGCAACUGCAAGAGCUACUGGAAUUGGGAUUCAUUAGACCUAGCGUGUCACCAUGGGGAGCACCAGUGUUGUUCGUAAAGAAGAAGGAUGGAACGAUGAGGAUGUGCAUCGACUAUCGGGAGCUAAACAAACUAACGCUGAAGAACAAGUAUCCACUACCAAGGAUAGACGACUUGUUUGACCAACUUCGAGGGGCAGGAGUCUUCUCUAAGAUGGAUUUGAGGUCUGGGUACCAUCAGCUGAGGGUUCGGCGAGAAGAUGUACCCAAGACAGCUUUUCGAACAAGAUAUGGUCAUUAUGAGUUCGUUGUAAUGCCUUUUGGACUGACGAACGCCCCGGCAGUGUUCAUGGACCUUAUGAACCGCGUGUUCCAUCCUUUUCUGGAUCGGUUUGUCCUGGUUUUCAUCGAUGACGUGCUCGUUUACUCAAAGAACGAAGAGGAGCACAAAGAGCACUUGAGAACCGUCUUAGCAACUCUAAGGGACGAGAAACUAUAUGCCAAGUUCAGUAAAUGCGAGUUUUGGCUCAAGGAAGUAAAUUUUCUUGGACAUGUAGUAACUUCAGAUGGAAUUCGUGUAGAUCCGGCCAAGGUAGAAGCGGUGCAAGAGUGGAAGUCACCUUCUACACAAAACGAAAUCCGAAGCUUUUUAGGACUGGCGGGCUAUUAUCGAAGAUUCAUCGAGGGAUUCUCGAAGAUAGCAAGGCCAAUGACGCAACAACUGAAAAAGGGAGUCAAGAUGAUUUGGACGCCAGAAUGUGAGGCGAGCUUUCAGUUGUUGAAGGAGAAAUUGACCACCGCACCAAUCUUAGCUGUGCCGGAGCCAGAGACUGACUAUGCGGUAUAUACGGAUGCGUCGAAGGUGGGACUGGGAUGUGUGCUUAUGCAGAAGGGGAAAGUGAUUGCAUAUGCAUCGAGACAAUUGAAGCCCCAUGAACUGAAUUAUCCGACGCAUGACUUGGAACUGGCAGCUGUGGUACAUGCUUUGAAGAUCUGGAGACAUCAUCUUUAUGGAGUCCGUUGUGAGAUAUACACGGACCAUAAGAGUCUAAAGUACUUCUUUGAGCAAAAGGAGUUGAACAUGGGAAGGUUGUGUGUGCCUAAGGAUGAAGGCCUGAGGAUGGAAAUCAUGAGAGAAGCACAUGAAACCCCAUACGCUGCUCAUCCAGGGAGCACCAAAAUGUAUCAAGACUUGAAAAGACAGUUUUGGUGGAACGGUAUGAAAAAGCAUGUUGCGGCAUUUGUGGAGAGAUGCCUAGCAUGUCAACAAGUAAAGGCGCUACACCAACGGCCCUAUGGGAAAUUGCAACCCCUCGAGAUUCCGGAAUGGAAGUGGGAACAUAUUGCAAUGGACUUUGUGGUAGGACUGCCAAAAUCCCAGCGAGGGAACACGGUGAUUUGGGUGAUUAUAGAUCGCCUCACCAAAUCUGCCCAUUUUGUGCCGGUUCGUGCCACUUAUGGAUCCGAUCAGUUGGCUAAGGUAUAUGUACGGGAAAUUAUACGCUUGCAUGGAGUUCCAGCGACAAUCACAUCUGAUCGUGAUGCUAAAUUCACUUCUAGAUUUUGGACAAGCCUGCAGAGCGAGUUGGGGACUAAGUUGAAUUUCAGUACAGCGUUCCACCCGCAAACCGACGGGCAGUCGGAGAGAACGAUACAAGCAUUGGAGGACAUGCUACGAGCCGUGGUGCUAGAUCGAGGUGUAGGUUGGGAAGAAGUGUUGCCCUUGGUAGAGUUCGCUUACAAUAAUAGUUACCAGCAGCAAGCUAUGGCUGAAGAACUAGCAGCUUUGAUAAAGACCAACACUUGGUUAAUCACUGCUCUUUCCCCGGGAAAGAUUCCUAUUGACUGCAAAUGGGUUUAUAAAGUAAAAUUUAGAGCUGAUGCAUCUGUGGAGAGAUACAAAGCACGUUUAGUUGCUAAAGGCUACACACAACAUGAGGGAAUUGAUUAUCUUGAUACUUUCUCUCAUGUGGCUAAGUUAACAACAGUCAAGUUUAUUUUGGCUCUUGCUGCUAUCAAUGGUUGGUCUCUCUCACAUCUUGACAUUAACAAUGCCUUUCUCUAUGGUGAUCUAGAGGAAGAAAUUUAUAUGAAUUUAUCCACUGGGCUUCUUGUUGAGGAGGGCACUAAUCCUACAGUAAAGCUUGUAUGCAGGCUCAAGAAGUCACUUUAUGGUUUAAAAUAG